AUGCCUGAGCGCACCCCGCAAUUGGAGGGAUGUGGUACAGUAGACGAAGUUUCUGACACGGGAGACGGUGACGAAGUGCAAAUCGUCAAGAGCAGAUCCGCGAUCCCACCGUCUGAAUCCCUUCCGUAUCCCUCGAUUCCUGAUUCAGGCGAGGGUGAUGACGCAUCGAGCUCGGACGCUACGGGACCAGUUAGCUGCGAACGACAAUAUGAUGCAGCCAUGUUCGACUGGGAAAUGGUACCAGAAGACGACGCCUGUGGCAUCUUUAAGGACGAUGUCGAAUCCCUUGCAGGCAGCGUGGACUCGAGAUUUGCCGAUGCUGUCAAGUAA